AUGCCGAAACAGUGCAUGAUGGUGCCUCCUUGGAGCAUUAACUACUCCAUUUUUGAAUUUUUGCUGCCUCCUUGGAGGUGCUCUUAUCCAACAGAAAGACCAUGUGGUGUAAAAAAAGCAAAGGAAAAACAAUUAGGUAAUGAUCAAUUCAACAAACUAAUGGAACAAAAUAAAGAACUCAUUAAAGUUAUUGAAAAGAGUAACAAGGAUAGAAAUGAACGUCACAGAAGAAAGGCUGACGAAAAAAUUUUAUUCACGGAUUUGAAUUCUAUAUCCGAUCCAGAGUUUCAUAAGUACAUUCAAAGUGAAAAAAGACGAAUUUACAAAGAAAGGGCACAAACAUCCGAAGUUGGAGAACAAGGAGAAGGAUCUCAAUAUGAGGGAUCUCAAUAUCAGGGAUAUUCAAAUCAGGGAUCUCAAUAUCAGGGAUCACAAUAUGAGGGGUCACAAUAUCGAGCAUCUCAAGAUUCGGGACAUGGCGUUGAAGAUGAAGAUCAACGAUCUCAAGAUCAAGGUGAAAGAGCUGAAAAUGACUCACAAGUUCGUAUCUGUGCUAUUACUUUUCCGUUUAAUGUUUGCUUUAAGGCCCCUCCCAGGUUCUGUAACUGGGUUCGGCAGUGCAUCUCUACUACCUCUCUCAACCUUUUCCUUAACGGUAGCAAGAUGAGCAACUUUACUCCCGAGUGUGGACUCCGCCAGGGGGACCCUCUCUCCCCUUACCUAUUUAUCUGGGCGGCUGAUAUACUGUCCCGUAUUCUUGAGAAGGCUCUUCAGUGCGGGACCAUUCGUGGCAUUCAGUUGAGUAGAGGUGGCCCUAGACUCUCACACCUGUUCUUUGCGGAUGACCUAAUUUUAGUGGGGAGAGCUAAUAUUGAGGAAGCCCGGGGUUUUUGGGACUGUCUGGAGAAAUUUUGUACCUGGUCGGGACAGAGGGUAAACAAGCUAAAAACUUCGAUCUUUUUUAGUAAUAACACGACUGAGAGUAUGAGGAGAGGCAUCAUGAGGGAUAUUGGGCUCAAUAUUCCGGUGGGGAACAUCAAUUACCUGGGGCUCCCAGUUUUUAGGUCCCGUCAGAAGGAUGCGGAUUUCCAUUUCAUUCUGGAUAACCUUGUUUCAAAACUUCAUGGCUGGAAGUUGAAAUCCCUGUCCAAGGCAGGACGAGCUACUUUAAUCAAAUCUGUGGGACUAGCGUUGCCUGUGUAUACCAUGCAGACAACGAAACUCUCCAAAAGCCUCGCCUCUAAGAUUGAUGGGAUGGUCAGAGAUUUCUGGUGGGGCUGCGAACAAGGGAACCGGGGCAUCUGCUUAAAAGCUUGGGACAACUUGUGCUUACCCAAGUCUCGAGGAGGUCUGGGGUUCCGCAAGACGGGGGAAAUGAAUAAAGCUUUACUAGCUAAGUGGGGUUGGGCCAUGCUGAUCGAGGACCAGUCUUUGUGUUGUCAAGUUCUGAGGGCAAAGUACCUUCGAGGGAAAAAAUUCUUUGAGAGCUCUUGUAAGGACUCAGACUCGUGGUUCUGGAAAAAUGUUGUUCGUACCAAGGAUAUUCUCAAGAAAGGGGCUUGCAAACUUAUUUCAAAUGGGAAGGACACUAAGAUUUGGGAGGACCCCUGGGUCAUCCAUGGUAGAGACUUCACCCCGAAACCCAUUACUUGGCCUCCGGAUAACCUUAGGCUCGUGGCGGACUUACUCCUUCCUAAUGGGGACUGGGACCUCCAGAAACUUGUCAGGCUUUUUGACCAGGAAACUAUAAGCAACAUCAUCAAAGGUGGCAAGCCUAGUGGUCAGGAGGGUGAUAGGUGGAUCUGGACUAAAGAAACGAAUGGUGGAUUUUCUACCAAAUCUGCUUGCCUUAUUCAAGCUUUGGAACGGGCUCCCCCGUGUUAUGUUGCCCCGCAUCUUUGGAACAAACUUUGGAGUUCUAAAACUCUUGAGAGGCAUAAAAUUCUUUGGUGGAGUGUCCUCUCUAAUGCUCUGCCCACUCGUGUCUCUCUUGCUAGAAGAAUGCAUAUUGAUGAGGUCUUGUGCCCUAUGUGUGGAAGGGAAGAUGAGACGGUAGAACAUUUGUUUCUCUACUGUGAUUUUGCUUCUCACCUGUGGCGCUCCUCCCCUUGGGGACUCAUGCCUGUUGUGGAUUCGGGUGCUCGUAUGUGGGAUUGGGUACAGUUCAUUUGGAACUUAAAGUCGCAAGGGGUGGAUAUUGACAAAGUUUUCCUGUAUGCUUCGAUAGUAGUUGAUACGAUUUGGAAAGCGCGCAACGACAAGGUUCAUAUGAAUGGGUUGGGUAGUAUUUCUAAAUAUAUUGACUCUAUCUCUUGCUGUUACGCAGAUUAUGCCUCUAGUUUACUUACUCAUUUGAAGGUAGCUGGGUCUCCUGUUUGGGUUCCUCCUCCUGAAGACUGGAUCAAGAUCAACUGUGAUGUUAGAGUUGGUUCUGACUCCAUGUGUGCGGUGGCCAUUGCCAGGGAUCAUAGGGAGACCAUUUUGUGGGUGGCUACUUCAGCACUUUGUUUUUCGGACCCCCUUGUUGGGGAAGCUGCAGCUGUCUUGUUGGCCGUGGAAACGGCGGUUUCUCAACAACACCGCUUUGUAUUGGUAGAGAGCGAUUCAAUGACGGUAAUCAAGACCUUGACGGGGACUCAUACCUGUUGGGAAUUUGAUAACUAUACUCAACAAUGUAAAAAGCUUUCUACUUUGAUGUUAAGUUGUAACUUUUCUUUUAUUCCUAGAACUUGUAACUAUUUGGCUCAUAAUGUGGCCAGGUGGGCUUUUGCUAACUCUAUUUACGGAAGGGUGGAUGUUCAUUCCAUUCCUGUCUUUAUCCUUUGUAAUGACCGAGAGGUCUAA